AUGCGUCGCGUCGCCCGCUGGCGCGACCUUAAUUCACCGUUUAGAAUUUCCCCGCUCCCCUGUCGCGCGAUCAAAGUCCCCCACCACGGAGCGACGAAAACAAAACAAACCAGCCGCGCCAAAAUGACGACCCAGCGCAGAGCCCAACAAGCCCCCGAAUCCGACCCCAUUUCUCUCCCCCGCGGCGAAUACCACCCCGCCUCACCCAGCGACUCCCGCGCCCCGUGUCCCAUCCUCAACUCCCUCGCAAACCACGGCCUAAUCUCACGCACCGGUCGCAACGUCACAAAAGCCUCGCUGGAAUCCGCGCUCGCAGAAAUCGGCCUCGCACGGACAGCACGGCUCGCACUCUGCAGUAUCUCGUUCAAAGUGCACGCCGACGAGGGCGAUCCCAAUGCACCAAAGGGGAGUUCGAGACUGGGGUUUCGCGAGGCUGGCCAGGUUGAUGAGGAUGGUGUUGACGUGCUGAAUCUGGAUCAGGUGGGGCGGCCGCAGGGGAUGGAGCAUGAUGUUUCGCUGUCCCGACGGGAUCGGGCUGUGGGGGAUCAUAUGAAGCUCGAUCGCGGGUUGUAUGAGCAGCUUAUGGGCGUCGCCGGGCCGAAAGAUGCGAAGAAGCGCAGCUUCAAACUCUGGUCCCUGGCAUCCUACCGCAAGUCCCUGUACGCCGACGCAAAAGCCACCAACCCGCAUCUGGUCUUCGGAAUCCCGCAGCAUGCGGCGGGAUGUCUCGAAGUCGCGGCGAUGCAGGCGGUUUUCGGAAAGGGGGUUUUCAAGGGCGUUCCGCGGGAAUAUUAUGAGGCUGUCCUGGGCGAAGAGAGGUUGCCGUAUCGCGAGGGGUGGAGGCCGCGGCGGUUUAUGCUUUUACUGGAGAUUGCGGUCUUUGCAAUCUUUGUGGCGGUUUUGGCGUGGCCUUUUUCGUUGUUUUAG